AUGACAGAAAUGGAAAGUUUCACCUUUGUCCAGCAUACUAUCACAUCGUCAUAUAUCCGUGAAUAUACGUACGCAACUGUGCAGGACCAGGGAGAUACGCUUCAGUUGCAUGUCAAGCAGUAUAUUCCUCGAGUCAUAAAACAGGACGCUGCCAAUGCGAUCACCAUAAUUGCGUUCGGUGCUUUAGGCAUGCCUAAAGAGCUUUAUGAGCCUCUUUGGGAGGAGCUGUACCGACAAUCGACCUUCUCGAGCAAGUUCUCCAUUGACAGUAUUUGGAUUGCAGACCUGGUCAACACUGGAAUCAGCGCUACAUUGAACGAAGAAAAGCUUGGAGAUGGUCCGUCCUGGAUUGAGGACUCCAGAGAUAUGUUUCUCCUGAUAAACCUGUUUCGCAACCAAAUGCGUCGUCCCCUGAUAGGCCUCGCGCAUAGUGCUGGUGGUGUCAUUUUGUCGCAUCUGGAUUUCUUCCAUCCACGUCUUUUUCUUCGGUAA